AUGGACAUCCUCCGGAGACGCCUGUAUCAAGCCCUUUAUACGGCCGUUGACAUCUGCCGAGGCACAGAUGAAUCUCGGUGCCCAUCGUCAUGGACAUCCUCCGGAGACGCCUGUAUCAAGCCCUUUAUACGGCCGUUGACAUCUGCCGAGGCACAGCGUAAAUGCAUGUCAGAAGGUGGUAUACUGUUGGACUGCGACCGACCGGGUAUGGUAGAAGAUGUGUCGGAAAUACUACGGGGACUUUUUGACAAUGGCCUGCUGGAAAGCACAUGGCUGGUGUCAAGAAGAGGAGGCGAGGCACCAAGGGCGAUUUCCAAGAGUGGGGAUUUGUAUAAAGUGUAA